AUGGUCUCUGUUACCUUCUUUGCUACCAUCCUCUCCAUGGGGCUCGCUGUCCUUGCAGCCCCGGCCAACUUUAACAACACUUCGGUGGUCGAGGCCCGCGACAACUGUGACUCCACGAAGUCUUUCUGUCCCAAGGGUGACCGUGGUCAGUGCAACCCCGGAGUUGACGGGUGCAUGCAUAUCUAUUAUUGCGAGCACAUCUGGUCUCAGGGCGACUGUGCUCACAGUUACUCUUGGACCGGCGAGUGUCGUAACAUUCCCGCCAAAUUUGACAAUGCCAUCAGCUCCAUUGCCAACGAGAAUGUCGACCAAUCCGACUGCCACUGGUUUGAUGGUGCGGAUUGCACCGGCGCCCAGUAUUCGAACGAGAACGACCAAAACCUUGCCGAUGGCAAUGGUUGGUGGAACGACCGUAUCAGCUCCUACCGCUGCGACUACCAUGGCCCGGCUUCUUAA